UCUAUGCACUACUUCACACAAUCUUAAUUAACCUCUCUACUUUGCAAACCAUCAAUCAUCUAUGAUGAAAAUUAAGCCGCCAGUCCCAUUAGUUUUGGUGAUCAUGCCCUUAUUAUACUGGCUUUGCCUUUGUAAUCACGUAUUUGUGGUUUCUGGUCUUUGUCUUGAUGAUCAGAAGUCUUUGCUGCUCCAACUUAAGAACAACCUCUCAUUCACGUCAGAAAGUAGCCGCAAGCUGAAGUUGUGGGAUCCAAGUGAUGAUGAUUGUUGUUCAUGGAUGGGAGUAACAUGUGACAAUGAAGGACAUGUUACUGGUCUUGAUCUCAGUGGAGAAUCAAUCACCGGUGGAUUUGACAAUUCAAGCAGUCUUUUCAGUCUCCAACUUCUCAUGAAUCUGAAUUUGGCUGAUAAUUAUUUCAACUGUACCAUUCCAUCUGGAUUCAACAAGUUGAAGAAUUUAAUUUACCUGAACGUGUCAAAUGCUGACUUUUCAGGGCAGGUUCCAACAGACAUUUCACAACUCACAAGGUUGGUUGCUCUUGAUUUAUCUCCUAGUUACUCUUAUAAUCUGACGAUCUAA